CCUCGCCUUCUUCUUCUCCUUUCCUUUCGUCGACCUUCAAUCCUUCCUUCAAGGCAAAUCUCAACAUCUCCCGUUGUUGCAAUCCAACAAAGAUUUCCCCCUCUCCUCCCCCCCUCAACUCUCCGUAUCUAGGGCACCAAGCUACCCUUUGAACUCCUCAACCCCCCUCUUCAAGUUAAUUUCCCAUCUCAAGCAAUUUAAUUUCAAUAAAGGCAGCCUUUUCAAAGCUACCUGAGUCCUUGACACACACAACCGGUGUUCAAUCUCUCGCCACUUUCAAACCACCAACCACCAAAAAAAGGUUCCAAUUUGUGUCCUCAGCCAUCAAAAAUGUCUACUGCCGUCGACAACCUCGCCGAUAACCUGGCUUCCGCCUCCAUCAACAACAACGAGGCGACCAACGGCACUGCCGCCCCUGCGCAGCCCACCGAUGCUGCUGCAGCCAGUGCCGAUGAAGGACGUCGGUUGUACAUUGGGAACCUCGCGUAUGCGACCACGGAGGGGGAGCUCAAGGAGUUCUUCCAGAACUACAAGAUUGAAAGCACCUCCAUUCCUGUGAAUCCCCGCACCAACCGCCCGGUUGGCUACGCUUUCGUGGACCUUGCCACGGCCCACGAAGCCAGCGCUGCCAUUGAGGAGCUGUCUGGAAAGGAGAUCCUCCAGCGUAAGGUUUCGGUCCAGCUGGCCCGUAAGCCAGAGCCUGCUGAGGCCAAGGCGGAGGGUGCUGCAAGUGGCGGUGAGGGCGCCAGUGGCAACGAGGGCCGUAAGAGGGCUGGUGGUCGUGGCCGUGGCCGUGGCCGCGCUCGCGGCCGUGGUGGUCGUGUCGGACGUGGUGGUCGUGCUGCCACUGCUGAGGCUCCCGCCACCACCUCGGAGCAGGCCGCUCCUGCGGCCGAGGCCACCAACGAGAACGAAGCUCCCACUGAAGAGAGCAAGCAGGCUAAGGCUCGUGCUCGCGUUCAGAAGCAGCGUGGUCCCCCCGAGGAUGGCAUCCCAUCCAAGACCAAGGUCAUGGUGGCUAACCUCCCCUAUGAUCUGACCGAGGACAAGCUCAAGGAAAUCUUCGCCGAGUACCAACCGGUCUCUGCCAAGAUCGCUUUGCGCCCCAUUCCCCGUUUCAUGAUCAAGAAGCUCCAGGCCCGUAACGAGCGCCGCAAGGGCCGUGGUUUCGGUUUCGUCACCCUUGGCUCUGAGGAGCUCCAGGAGAAGGCCGUCAAGGAGAUGGACGGAAAGGAGAUUGAGGGCCGUGAGAUCGCCGUCAAGGUCGCCAUCGACAGCCCCGGCGGAGGAGACUGCUGCCCCGGCCGCCGCCUAAAUUGACCAGGUCGUUCCAGUCCAGAACGAGUAUGUCCAUCGAUUGACUUGACCAAUUGUUGGGCCGGGGGAGAAAGAAGCUGAGGACCGUCGUAUAUGGAUAUUUUCAUAGUGAGCAUCAAGCAGAUGCGGUUUACACCCCGAAGCUGUGAAUAUUAUUUCUAUUCGAUAUGGUCUUUGGGCAAAGUGAUAAGUGUGGAGGAUGAUGACUCUGUUCCUCGUGGUAAUGGGUGUGAUAUCCAUUUUCAGGGGACGAGAGAUGAAGGAAACGCAGUAAUAUCUCGUUUUGACGGACCUGACUUUAACGAAUCUUGCCUUUCUGCUGUACUGUAUCUUAGCAACCAUUUAACUUACGAAUUUGCCGCAAGGCUGGCCUUGUAGUUGUCUUCCUGGCGCUUUUUCAUCUUCGUUCAUGAUCCAUCCCAUGUAGUAAUCAGAGUAAAUAUCUUGAAA